CCCGGGGUUGUGGCCACGCGCGGCGGCGGCGGUUGUUCCGCUUCCCCUCGGGCCGGACCGUCGCCAUUGCCGAAGGCUUCUGCCCUCCCCGAGCUGGCCCGCGGGGCUAUCGCUGCCGUCCUGCCUUGAAGUAGCCGCGGCUGAGCUCCGGCGAGGCUCCUCUUCCGGUCCCCUCGCGCCGCGCGCUCGCCCGGGGCGGCUCCCCAGCCCGUCCGGAGUUCGGACAGAGGCGCCUCGCCGGGGCGGGGACGUUUCCUCGCCUGUGGCCUUUUCAUAGUUCUGAAUCAUGUCUGAUAACGGAGAACUGGAAGACAAGCCUCCAGCACCUCCUGUGCGGAUGAGCAGUACCAUUUUUAGCACUGGAGGCAAAGAUCCUUUAUCAGCCAAUCACAGUUUGAAACCUUUGCCCUCUGUUCCAGAGGAAAAAAAGCCCAGGAAUAAAAUCAUCUCCAUAUUCUCCAGCACUGAGAAAGGAAGUAAAAAGAAAGAAAAGGAACGGCCAGAGAUUUCUCCUCCAUCAGAUUUUGAGCACACCAUCCAUGUUGGCUUUGAUGCUGUUACUGGAGAAUUUACUGGCAUGCCAGAACAGUGGGCUCGGUUGUUACAAACCUCCAAUAUUACGAAACUAGAACAAAAGAAGAAUCCUCAGGCUGUGCUGGAUGUCUUAAAGUUCUAUGACUCUAACACAGUGAAGCAGAAAUAUCUGAGUUUUACUCCUCCUGAAAAAGAUGGCUUCCCUUCAGGAACACCAGCACUGAAUACCAAAGGAUCAGAAACAUCACCAAUAGUAACAGAGGAAGAUGAUGAUGAUGAAGAAGCUGCUCCUCCUGUCAUUGCUCCAAGACCAGAUCAUACAAAAUCAAUUUACACACGGUCUGUAAUUGAUCCUAUUCCUGCACCAGUUGGUGAUUCUAAUGUUGACAGUGGUGCCAAGUCUUCAGACAAACAAAAAAAGAAGACCAAGAUGACAGAUGAAGAGAUUAUGGAAAAAUUAAGAACUAUAGUAAGCAUAGGAGACCCUAAGAAAAAGUAUACAAGAUAUGAAAAAAUUGGACAAGGGGCUUCUGGCACAGUUUUCACUGCUACUGAUGUAGCCCUGGGACAGGAGGUGGCUAUCAAGCAGAUUAAUUUACAGAAACAACCAAAGAAGGAAUUGAUUAUUAAUGAGAUUCUGGUCAUGAAAGAAUUAAAGAACCCCAACAUAGUUAAUUUCUUAGACAGUUACCUGGUGGGAGACGAGUUGUUUGUUGUAAUGGAGUACCUUGCUGGUGGGUCACUUACUGAUGUUGUAACAGAAACCUGCAUGGAUGAAGCACAGAUUGCUGCUGUAUGCAGAGAGUGUUUACAGGCACUGGAGUUUUUACAUGCUAAUCAAGUGAUCCACAGAGACAUCAAAAGUGACAAUGUGCUUUUGGGGAUGGAAGGCUCGGUUAAACUUACUGACUUUGGUUUCUGUGCCCAGAUCACCCCUGAACAGAGCAAACGCAGUACCAUGGUUGGAACUCCAUACUGGAUGGCCCCAGAGGUGGUUACGCGGAAAGCCUAUGGCCCCAAAGUUGACAUAUGGUCUCUGGGUAUCAUGGCAAUUGAAAUGGUAGAAGGAGAGCCUCCAUACCUUAAUGAAAAUCCCUUGAGGGCCUUAUACCUGAUAGCAACUAAUGGAACCCCAGAACUUCAGAAUCCAGAGAAACUUUCCCCAAUAUUUCGUGAUUUUUUAAAUCGAUGUUUGGAAAUGGAUGUGGAGAAAAGAGGUUCAGCCAAAGAAUUACUACAGCAUCCCUUCCUGAAACUGGCCAAACCAUUAUCCAGCUUGACACCACUGAUCAUGGCAGCUAAAGAAGCAAUGAAGAGCAACCGUUAAAACGUCAUUGAUUGUGACCUCUUAUUUUUUCCAUUUUCUAAAAGAAGUCUUUUAAUAUAUGAAAACUACUACUUUUAGGGCGGGAGGCGGCUUAAGGAGAUCACCUGUAUUAACAUGGAGGAAAACAAAAACAACUAUUCCCGAAGACAAACAAGAAAAAAAAAUGCAAUAAGAUAUUUAUAACUUUCUAAUGAACCCCUUUUUUAGGGUCCAAAAGGAAUUGUGAACUGAAUCACUAGCCUUACAUCUUUCAGAAGACAGCCUAUUAAGGCCAUUAAGGCCAAAUAUUAAGGCCAUUUCUUAGGCAUGAGAUUUGUGUCUUGUUUUGCUGACUGUUAUAAUAGACCAUGUUAAUUUCUCCUUUCGGGGUAUUUUCAGUACUUGAAUGUCAGAUUCGAGUGUUUAACACGUAUUUGUUUCAGCUAGUCUUCUUUCCUCUGUAGUUUUCCUUUUCUUUGACUUGCUCCUUUUGAAUUGCUUUGAGAAGUUUUUCUCAUUCAAGGCAAGUAUGAUAGAAAUGAUGUAGCUCUUUAAAUUGGCAAAAGAGCUUAGUAUGGUUUAACUUUUUAUAGAAGUUAGGACCAGCUGUUGUUUAAUAAUUCAGUUCAGAACUUGAACUGAAGAAAGAGGAAGAAAAGUAUGUGAUUUUUACCUUUUUUUAAACAAAUGUGAAAGAGUCAGUUUUAGAAAUUUCAUGGUAGUAAGUUUGACAUUUGUUACAUGUAUAGAAAGAGGACUAAUCUAUAUUUAUAACUAAAUCAUUGAGACAGAAAAAGAAUCCCACUGACUGUUACAAUUUUGUCUUCCUUUCGCCUGUUUCUUCAGAUUUGGCUUCAGGAGCCAAAAUGGUUUAUUGUUCCUACUCGGGCUUUUUGAUACUGGUUGUUGCCACUGCCAGCUCCUUGCAGCUUCUUUCCCUUUCCCCUUAUUUCGGAAAUAAGGUUCUGUAUAUGUAACAAUUUUAGGUUCAACCAUCUCUCACAAAUGCCUUCACACAUCCCAUGGAGCAAGUAAUACAAUAACCAUUGAGUUUUGAGAAUUUAAAAGUUAACUCAUCUAUUUAAAAAGAAAAAUAUUUAGGGCUUAACAAAAACUUGAGUAAGAAACUUGAACUUUGGUGGGUUCUAAAGUAGAAUCAUGAAUGAAAAAUGUCACUAUUAAUAGAGAUGCAGCUUAUGACCAGUAAACUGUAAAAAUGAGUUACCGUGUUCUCAACCCAUUAUCUUACUAUAAUUUAAAUAACAACAUACUUGUUGGUGGAAGUAUUUGACUUUAGUUUAUUUUCAAGUAAGUAGAAUAUUCAUGUAAAAACUGGAGAAAGGAGGAAAAAUGAAAUGUCCUUAUUGAUAGUGAUGCUUUUUUAUUUUAAAGAUUUAAUAAAAAAAAAAAAGAAAAGAAAAAGGUCUGUGACCUGUAGCAUUAAUUAUUAGAGUGACCUCUCUUCUUCAUUGUCUUUAUUUCCUCUCCUGUGUUUCUGCUGUUGCUCUGCUCUUUGCUUUAGGAUGAGGUAUUGUCUAUUCUGAUAUGCCUGGAACCACAUAAAAGGAAAAUAUCUAUGGUUGUUAGUUUUGACAUUUUGUUCACAACAUCCCCCCCUAAUGAACUUCAUAUCCAUUUACCAUUCAGUAGUACAAAUAAUGAAUAAAAAUAAUUUUGCUGUUUUGGAGUAUUUUGGGAAAACUAUAGAGUUUUAUUUCCUAUUAGUCUCAUCAUAUCUGCUAAGGUACAGAUAUAGGAAAAAACUUUCAUUGAUAACAGGGAAGUUUUGGGAAAAAACGAGGAAAAUAAUAUAAUGAAACUUCGAUCUAGAGCACUUACUGGCCUCUGUUUUCCAUAAGAUUCUUGAUUUUUUUUUAAACAGUUAUUUAGCCGCCUACAGUUAUCAUUAAAUUACUUUACAGACUCAAGCUGGUUAUUUCUGGUGGAAAGCUUCAGUGACUCUUGAGUUCCAGAUUUGAACAUUGUGAACAGUUGUUUGGAUGAAUUAUGAUAAAGAGUAUGCUGCCAAUGGAAUAGAACACCCACUAGAUGAGAAGACUGAACUUCAUGACCACUGCAGAAGGCACUUCAAUCCUAAGUCAGAGACCACAUUCAUGGCUUAUGUCCCAGGCCCCCUGUUUUAUGCUGUGACUCAACAAAGGUCUUUCCCAUUGAUAGAAGCUGUUUGGGAUUUAUAUUUACAUCUUUGAUGGUUACCUGCAUGUCCAUUGCUGGCAACGGACUUUGUCAUUAAAACCUGACUCCUAGGUUAAGGGAGCUGCACUGUGGUAUAUUCUUUACUUACUUGGAUAAACUAAUCUGUAUUAGAAAUAUGCUUUGGUUAAUCCUGAAAUGUUUGCCCUUUUUAAACAAGAUAAUCUUAAAAGGAA